UAUAAACUUUUUCAGAUUAUCCGGGGAAUUCUGUGGAGAACAGACAAUUGCGAGGGCAGCACAAUUGAAUCUUCAACUACAACUGCUCGCCUCUCCUCCGGCGCUUUCUCUGAAGCUCCGAUUUGGAUUCGAGGUCUCUAAGUAUCCUCACCACUGGACCAAUCCGGAGAUGAUGUCCCAAAAACUCAUCGCCACCUCUUCUCCAUGCCAAGUUGUUCUGUUGGAUUGUAACUGUAAAGGGUCGAACUCGUUGCUGGUUCCUCGCAAUCUGAACUACGGGUUCACUAGAGUGAGCAAAAAGCUCAAGAUAUGUCGACUCAAAGCUGGCUUCUGGGAUUCUAUCAAAUCCGGGUUCUUGAACAAUAAUACUACCCAAGUGGUUGAACCUCCUUCCAUGCUUCAGGAAGAGGAAGAAGAACCCCUGCCUGAGGAGUUUGUUCUUACCGAGACGACAUUACCAGAUGGAACAAUUGAACAAAUAAUAUUCUCUUCAGGUGGAGAUGUUGAUAUAUACGAUCUUCAAGCUCUUUGUGAUAAGGUAGGUUGGCCACGCAGACCGCUAUCAAAAUUAGCUGCAGCUCUUAGAAACAGUUAUAUGGUAGCUGCAUUGCAUUCAAUACGGAGGUCUCCUGUUACAGAGGAGAAUGAACAAAAGAGGCUGAUUGGUAUGGCUCGUGCCACAUCAGAUCAUGCAUUCAACGCUACAAUUUGGGAUGUUCUUGUGGAUCCUUCUUAUCAG